UCGCCGCUGCACAAGAGGCGCUUGCAAAUUGUGUGGCAGUUAUUUGUUUUGUUUGUUACCGCAGGUUCGGGAAUUGGUUUGCGAGCAUUUGGCGAGGUUAGAUCUUCGUUCUCUGCUCAGGAUUCCAAUUUCCAGUCGGCUUCAGCGGUGCAGUCAUUUGGAGCCAAUUUACACUUUGUUAGUGCCGCUUCACUCUGGAUUGUGAUGGCGUCUACAGGCGUCGGAGUUUUCUGAGGUUCUUCGGGAUACUUUUCGGCUGUAGCAGUGACUUUCGAGGCUUUCGCACGCGUGACGGGUUUUAUUUUUAGCUUUGUACCUCAGCCACUCGAAUUGGUAAAUUUCAUGAGGUUCGGAGAGGGUGACAUUCGUCCGCUUGCAACUUUGUCUUACGUUUCAGCUACAGUUGUGUGGCUGAAGUCUUUAUCAGAGCAGCAAUGACGUACUUAAUUCUUUGUUAAGUUUCAAUCCGGGACGAGUGAAUUGGAGUUUAAUGGGCAAAUUAUAUGGACUAUGAGGGUUGGGAACAAGUCCAACAUCUCUGUCUGACAGGGCUCGAUUUUCUCUCGCGACUUAGAGAACCAAUUGGCUCCGCUUCUCUUCAUCCUUUUGGUAGUUGAUGUGUAUACAAAGAUCGCAGCAAUGGCAGACAAACGGUUGCAGAACAUUUUGUUGCACUUAUCCCCCUCGAUAAUCGUCAACGCUGUGGAAUCGACACAACCAUCUAGAUGUUCGGGUUUGUGUUCAACGUCAUGCAAUCGAGGAUUAGGUAGCGUAGAAGAAUUUAGUGGCAGCUCUGGCAACCUUAAAGUUAUAGAGAACUGUAGUCUGUGUCGAGAGGGAAUUGUUCAAUGUGAAAAGCUCUUCGACAUUGAAUGUAGAGGUCCAAAUACGAAUAGGGAAGCUAAACUACUCGAAAACUUAUUACUGUCACGGUUACGGAGACUUUAUACACCAGGAAAAUACGAAGUAAAUCCAUUGAACGAAUCUAAGCUAGGGGUAGCGCCAUGCAGUAGUGAACACAUAUCCCGGGAUGGGGUCGAAGUACAUGAAGAUUCAAAACUGAAAACUGAAGGAGUAGAGAUUAUUAAUGACGUCGACCCACAAGCAAAGCCAACACCAGGCAAUUUAGACGGCAUCAAGGCAGAGCCGAGAAAUAUGAAAAUACCAGGAGAAGAUGGAGCACUUGAAAAUGGCGACAGCGAGUGUGGCAUUUCAGCUGGUGAGAGUGUAGAGCGGCUUCGUUCAGGAAUCACAAGUGCAAGUGCCGUGUCCACUUCCCAAAGACAACCGUUGUUGAAUCUUAGGAUAGACAAGCAGAGCAAGUAUAUGGAUCACUUACUUCCCUUGCGAGUGGCAUCGUGCGAAUUUUGUGAUAUUGUUGAUGGCACUUCGCCGUGUUUUAAGCUUUAUGAGGAUGAGCUGUGCCUCUGCGUUCUUGAUAUCAAUCCACUCUCCCGUGGACACUCGCUGAUAAUUCCGAAAUCACAUUUUCCUUGCUUGGAAGCUACGCCUCCGCAGGUUGCAGCUGCGAUGUGCGCAGCCGUCCCGUUAAUUAGUAGUGCUCUUCUUGCAGCGACCCGGUGUGGUAAUAUUCGUUCAACAUGUUGGUUAAUAGUGGCGCUGCAGCUGGUCAAGUUAUUAUGCAUACACAUUUCCACAUUAUUCCGAGGUGCAAAGGCGACGGAUUAUGGAAGUCCGAGAGUGUUUACCGAAAGCCCAUGCAAAAAGUGCACGACGCAAAGCUGCUUGUUCAUGCAGUUCGCUCGAAACUGUCAUCAACAGCAGGGUCGGCAUCUGAAUAACAACCUAUCCUUUUUAAGGAUUUCGUAGUAGGGCUUGUAUUAGGCUAGGCUUACACAGGAGAAAAACACCAGGUUUAACGCCUACUUAUCAUUGAGAUAGAAAUUGUUUAUGGUCGAGCUGAGAGCAUAGAGACAGGCAACUUUGAGGCAUAGGAGGGAGUGUAAACGUUCUUUGUUCUUUUCGGUGUGGGCUUGUCGGUGAAUGUGUUGAGGUAGAGUUAUCGCUGAGCAGAAUCUGUACUGCAGGGUACGACGUGUAAUGACACCUCAUAUGUCAGGCUUGUUCUAUUUAUACCAUAGCUGUUCCCUUUCUCAUAGUUUUUCUUCAUUCAUGUAAUUGGGAUUAUUCAAGAGUUGGACUAUUUAUUUUUUGUUAAUUGAUUAAUCCUUGUUGAGAAA